AUGGACGACUUCACCGUAUAUGGGAACUCUUUCGACAUAUGUUUGAAGCAUCUAGAACUCGUCUUGAAAAGAUGUGUGGAGAAGAGCCUUGUCCUCAAUUAUGAAAAGUGUCAUUUUAUGGUAAGGGAAGGAAUAGUGCUUGGCCAUGUGAUUUCAGAAAGGGGAAUUGAAGUGGACAAAGCGAAGGUUGAUUCCAUCGCCAAAUUGCCUUACCCGACUACCGUAAAGCACAUACGGGCUUUCCUUGGCCAUGCAGGUGGAGAGUUAGGGAUUGGAACGGUCUGGAAGAGGGCUUACAGAGGGAGAUACCGUUUGGUGUAUCCUGAGAGAGCAGCAGCAGCUAGACCAGAACCGAGGAGACCACUAGAGCCAGAGGGACCCCGCCUUGUCAGCAGCGAGAGCGUAAUGUUGUUGGCGGAGAUGAAGGAAGUGAAAGACGAGCUGCUGAUGCUGAGUGCGGAGAUCACAACCCUGAGGGAGGCUAUGGAAGCUGGCUUCAAAGCAAUCAUGGACCGGCUUAAUGCGGAGGCAAGGUCCUCCAACCAAAACGACUAA